AUGGCCACCUCCUCCUCCACCACGAAGCCCGCAAUUAUUAUCGUCCACGGCGCAUGGUCCCUGCCAAGCCCGUCCUACGAGCCCCUGAAACAGCAGCUCGAGGGCCUGGGCUAUGAGUGCUACCUGCCCCACCUCCGGACCUCGGGCGCCGGCGACGACGUGCGCGGCCAGACGUGGGAGGCGGACGUGAAAGUCAUCCUCGACACGGCGCAGCCGCUCUUCGACCGCGGUAGGGAGGUCGUCAUCGUCGCGCACUCGUACGGUGGCAUCCCGGGUGGCGCCGCGACGGCCGGCAACGGGGUCGCGGAGCGCGCGGCCCAGGGCAAGCCUGGCGGGUUCAAGCAGAUCAUCUACGUCGCCGCGUUCGCGAUCCCCGCCGCGGGCAUGGACCUGCUCGCCACUUUCGGCGGCCAGUGGCCUCCUUGGGCCGACUUUGCGCCCGCCUACUCCAAGAACCACGCGAUCAAGCUCAAGGAGGAGGCCAAGCAGGUUCUGUUCAGCGACGUGCAGGCCAGCCCGGAGGCGCAGGCGAAGUACUGGGACGGGGUCGUGACGCACUCGCAGGACGCGUUCGAGAAGCCCGUCACGUUCAGCGCCGCCGACAUCACCAUCCCCAAGAGCUACCUGGUGUGCACGCAGGACCAGUGCGUGCCGGGCCCGCUGCAGGAGCAACUCGCGGAGUCGUUGGGCUUCAAGGCGGAGCGAAUCGAUGCUGGACACUUCCCCUUCCUCAGCCAGCCGGACAAGUGUCUGGAGAUACUGAAGACCAUGAUUCUGUAG